CUGAGAUUUGCUCAGGCAAACAAUACCUUGAACAAAGUAUGCCAGACUAUACAACUCUCCUCCCACCUCAAGACAUUCAAGUGCACCCAUAUACAUGGCCAAUGGGCAUCAACACAUGCUCAUAGCAUGUUGGAUCUGGCAGAAAUAAAGAAGAUGGCAAGCAAACUCAAGUACAACAAUGUGCAUUCAGCACUCCUCACUCUUGGACCAUUGCUAGGCAAGGUGGCUUGGGAGGAGAGUUUACGUGUAUUGCAUGUCACAGACAUGCGCCCAUUGGGUGAUAUUGCUCCUGGUCAGUCGGAAGGCAUGCAAGAUAUUUCCUAA